UCUACAGCGGUGGGUAAUUCACUGGUCCAUAAGCGGUCUCCUUUACGUCGAAGCCAUAAGACCUCAGCAUCUCUGACCAAGCUGUCGUUACGUGAUGGACAGAAAGCCAAAAAGCCACUGUGUAAAUUUGAAGAAGGCCAGGAUGUCCUAGCUAGAUGGUCAGAUGGCUUGUUUUAUCUUGGAACUAUCAAAAAGAUAAACAAACUGAAACAGAACUGCUUCAUUAUAUUUGAAGACAGUUCCAAAUCCUGGGUCCUCUGGAAGGACAUACAAACAGGAGCCACUGAAAGUGGGGAAAUGGUCUGUACAAUAUGUCAGGAAGAGUAUUCAGAAGCACCGAAUGAAAUGGUUAUAUGUGAUAAAUGUGGGCAAGGUUAUCAUCAGCUGUGUCACACACCAAAUAUUGAUUCCAGCGUGAUUGAUUCAGAUGAUAAAUGGCUCUGUCGACAGUGCGUUUUUGCAACAACAACAAAGAGGGGUGGUGCGCUUAAGAAAGGACCAAAUGCCAAAGCGCUGCAAGUCAUGAAACAAACAUUACCAUAUAAUGCAACAGACCUUGAGUGGGAUGCAGGUCAUAAAACCAAUGUCCAGCAGUGUUACUGCUAUUGUGGAGGACCUGGGGACUGGUAUCUAAAGAUGUUGCAGUGCUGCAAAUGUAAGCAGUGGUUUCAUGAGGCUUGUGUGCAGUGCCUCCAAAAGCCAAUGCUCUUUGGUGACAGGUUUUAUACGUUCAUUUGCUCAGUUUGCAGUUCUGGACCAGAAUACCUCAAACGUUUACCCUUGAGAUGGGUAGAUAUAGCACAUCUAUGCCUUUACAACCUAAGUGUUAUUCAUAAGAAGAAAUACUUUGAUUCGGAGCUUGAACUCAUGGCCUACAUUAAUGAAAACUGGGAUAGAUUACAUCCUGGUGAGCUGGCAGAUACACCAAAAUCUGAAAGAUAUAAGCAUGUACUGGAGGCAUUAAAUGAUUACAAGACCAUGUUUAUGUCUGGAAAAGAAAUAAAGAAAAAGAAACAUUUGUUUGGCUUGAGAAUUCGUGUUCCUCCAGUGCCACCAAAUGCUGCUUUAAAGGCUGAGAAAGAACCAGAAGGAACUUCUCAUGAGUUCAAAAUUAAAGGCAGAAAAUCAUCUAAACCAAUCCCUGAUGUGAGGGAACUAAGUAAUGGUAUAGAAAGGAAGGGGAAAAAAAAAUCUGUAGGUCGUCCACCUGGUCCCUAUACGAGAAAAAUGAUUCACAGAACUCCAGAGUCAUCUCCUCUGGAUAAUGAACCAGUUCCAGUGACAGAGAACCCAGCCUUGGAAUUACCUUGCACUGUUGGGAAAUCUGAUGGAACUGCACAUUCAUCCAAUACCUCAGAUGUGGAAUCCACAGGUGCUGCCAGUAUGAAAGAAACUACCUCAUCUAGCAUUUCCAGACAUUAUAGUAGUUUAUCUGACUCGAGAAAAAGGACUCGUACAGGAAGAACUUGGCCUGCUGCAAUACCACAUUUGAGAAGAAGAGGUCGCUUUCCACGAAAAGCACUCCAGACUCAAAAUUCAGAAAUUGUAAAAGAUGAUGAGAGCAAGGAAGAUUACCAAUAUGAUGAACUCAAUACAGAGAUACUCAACAACUUGGCAGAUCAGGAGUUACAGCUCAAUCAUCUAAAGAACUCUAUUACUAGUUAUUUUGGUGCAGCAGGUAGAAUAGCUUGUGGGGAAAAAUACCGUGUUUUGGCUCGUCGGGUGACACUUGAUGGAAAAGUGCAGUAUCUUGUUGAGUGGGAAGGAGCAACUGCAUCCUGACUGUAGGACUGAACAUUAUGUUCACUGCACUGUCAUCUGUGAGUACAGUUCAUAAUGCAGAGCCACGAGAGAAACGUGUUUUUCAAUGUGUUUCUAAAAACAAAACCAGUUUAGCCUUAACAUGUAAUUGUUACCAUUACAGCUCUUGUGAUAAAGACUUACCUUUUUAAAAUCUGAUCUGAAACUUAAAUUUUUUAAUCUGAACAUUGUUAGGUUGUUCUAGGUUGGGAUAUUUUGGGUUACAGUUACUUAAAAAUGUGCAUGAUCUUU